AUGGCAAGCCCGACCACCGGCUACUCCAUAAAUGUUAAUGACCCUAGCUUGAUUUCGCUGGUCAACAAGCUCCAGGAUGUGUUCUCUACCGUCGGUGUGCACAACCCGAUCGAUCUGCCGCAGAUUGCCGUUGUUGGAUCGCAGUCCAGUGGAAAGAGUUCAGUACUAGAGAAUAUUGUUGGCCGUGAUUUCUUGCCUCGUGGAUCAGGAAUUGUCACCCGCAGACCUCUUAUCCUUCAAUUGAUUAACAAGCCCGCGUCCAACCAACCGAACGGCGACAUCAAGUUGGAAACGACGGACAGUGCGUCCAAUAUCGAUGAAUACGGUGAAUUCCUACACCUUCCCGGCGAGAAGUUCUUCGAUUUCAACAAGAUCCGCGAUGAAAUUGUUCGCGAGACAGAGUCCAAGGUCGGCAAGAAUGCCGGAAUCUCGCCCAUUCCCAUUAACCUGCGCAUCUACUCGCCGAAUGUCCUUACCCUGACCCUGGUCGAUCUGCCUGGUCUGACCAAGGUUCCCGUGGGUGACCAGCCCAAGGAUAUUGAGCGCCAAAUCAAGGAUAUGGUUCUCAAGUACAUCAGCAAGCCCAACGCAAUUAUCUUGGCUGUCACCUCAGCCAACCAGGAUUUGGCCAACUCCGACGGUUUGAAGCUGGCACGCGAGGUGGACCCAGAGGGACAGCGCACCAUCGGUGUUCUGAGUAAGGUCGAUCUUAUGGAUGAAGGUACCGACGUGGUGGAUAUUCUCGCUGGACGGAUUAUCCCCUUGCGUCUGGGUUAUGUCCCCGUCGUCAACCGUGGUCAACGUGAUAUCGAGAACAAGAAGCCCAUUGCUGCGGCUCUGGAAAACGAGAAGAACUUCUUUGAGAAUCACAAGGCGUACCGAAACAAAGCCUCUUACUGCGGAACUCCUUAUCUGGCUCGCAAGUUGAACCUGAUCCUCAUGAUGCACAUUAAGCAGACCCUGCCUGAUAUCAAGGGUCGCAUUUCCUCCUCUCUUCAGAAGUACACUGCCGAGCUCUCAUCACUCGGCGACUCGAUGCUUGGCAACAGCGCGAACAUUAUUCUCAACAUUAUCACCGAGUUCAGCAACGAGUACCGUACUGUCCUGGAGGGUAACAACCAGGAGCUUUCUAGCAUUGAGCUGUCUGGUGGUGCUCGUAUUAGCUUUGUCUUCCAUGAGCUCUACUCCAACGGUGUCAAGGCCGUUGAUCCAUUCGACCACGUCAAGGAUAUCGAUAUCCGCACCAUUCUUUACAACUCAUCUGGUUCAUCACCCGCUCUCUUUGUUGGCACCACUGCCUUCGAGUUGAUCGUUAAGCAGCAGAUCAAGCGUCUGGAGGAGCCCAGCUUGAAGUGUAUCUCGCUCGUCUAUGACGAGCUGGUUCGCAUCCUCGGUCAAUUGCUGACCAAGCAGCUUUUCCGUCGUUAUCCUAUGCUGAAGGAGAAGUUCCACGGUGUCGUGAUUGCCUUCUUCAAGAAGUGCAUGGAGCCUACCAACAAGCUGGUCAAGGACUUGAUUGCCAUGGAAGCUACCUACAUCAACACUGGCCACCCCGACUUUCUCAAUGGACACCGCGCUAUGACUCUUGUGAACGAGCGCCAGCAAGCCGCCAAGCCCACUCAGGUGGACCCUAAGACCGGCAAGCCCCUCCCGGCUCGCGCUCAGAGUCCCUCUCUGGAUACCACCGGAGAGUCUCCCAACGGCAGCGGAUUCUUCGGCAGCUUCUGGGCUUCCAAGAAUAAGAAGAAGAUGGCCGCCAUGGAGGCCCCUCCUCCUACCCUCAAGGCCUCUGCCAGCUUGUCCGAGCGGGAAGCCACCGAGGUUGAGGUUAUCAAACUUCUCAUCACUUCUUACUUUAACAUUGUGAAGCGUACAAUGAUUGACAUGGUUCCCAAGGCCGUUAUGUACACUUUGGUUCAAUUCACCAAGGAGUCCAUGCAGGCCGAGCUGCUCGAGUACAUGUACCGCAGCAACGAGCUGGACGAUCUUCUGAAGGAGAGCGACUACACCAUUCGCCGACGGAAGGAGUGCCAACAGAUGGUUGAGAGUCUGUCUCGCGCUAGUGAGAUCGUCAGCCAGGUCCAGUAA